AUGUCAAUCAAUUAAGAACUUAGUUUUGAUUUCAAAUCUCAAGUCAAUUUUGAUUUUGAUUCCCAAUCAUCCAACUAUUCAAAUUUUGCUGAAUAAUGGCAAGAGAAAAUAACUAGUCUCUAGCAAAAUAUUGAGGAAAUGCAACAAUAGCAAGAAAAUGUCAAAAAUACGUUAUAACAAGCAUAAUCAAGAAUUAAAAAUAAGAAGUCUUACAUAGAUGAACAAAAGAUGCAAUAAACAGAAACUAAGACCUAAGACACCAUUUACCCUUUUCAAAAAACUUCAAUCAAUCCUCUACUAAUCGAUUCAUCUAAGACUUUAGAAUUUCAAACUCCUAUCAAUAAUAUCUAAAAGUAACCAAUUGCGACAUUUCUAAUAGAUAUAAGAUUAAAUGAUAUCUACUUACAAAAUUUUAUAGAUUUAGGAAUUUAUGAUAAUGUAAGUCUUUUAAAAUCAUUGCCAACUAAGAAUAAAUGCAAAUUUUUAUUAAACAACUAUGGAAUUGAUAAAUUAGGAUAUCAAAGAAGAAUUUUAGCUAAAUUAGAUGAAGGUAUUUUUGAAUAAAACUAUUAUUAGAAAUGGGUUUAUUUUUUAAAAAAGGAUUGCUGUUAAAUAUAGAAUAUUGUUAGGAAUAAAUUCCAAAUAUGGAAGAAUGGUUAAAAUCUAUCAACUAAUCUAAGUAUUAUACCAAUUUUCUAUUGGCAGGGUAUGACAACUUUGCCUAUUUAAUUUAUUAAGAACAAAGUCAAUACAAGUUAACAAUAUAGGAUCUUAAGGCUUCAUUUUAUAUUGAAAAUGAAUAAGAUAGAUAAUUGCUUAUUGCAAAUAUUAUCAUAAGUAUUUAUGCAUACUAUAUAAAUUAGUUUGUGAUUAGAUGAUUAAUUGUGAUUUAUGGAGUGUUUAGGGAAUAAAAAAGAUGCAGUAACCAUCAGAUUUUAAUUUAGUAUAAUGUUCUUUACCUUCUAAUUAAUGUUUAAUCUUUUGA